GUUGUUGUUGUGAGUAGUCCAUUACUAUAGUUCUUGAUUUCUUGUGAAAGAUUUUGAACUUAUACUGUGUCAGACAAAUAUGAAAGAAUAUAAAAAUGUUUUGCUCUUAUGUUAAAAAAAUAAAAAGUAUGCUUUUGAAAACUUUAAUCUUGGUUUGGGAAUGAUUACCACAGACAGAGUAACUCUGGAACUAAAGGUAAAAAGAUAAUAUUGUUGAUUGUGGGCUAUCUCAAGCCUCGAAAUUCACAUAGCAAUACGAAGUGUUUUGCUGCUAAGUCAAGAACCAGGGACAAAUGAAUGUGAAAGAGCAAGAGGAAACAAAUUUGCUAAGGAAAUUAUAUGAUUCUUGCUGGGCGGGCGAUCUUUUUGGAGCCAUCUGUGAGGGAAGAGUUAGUAACAACUUUUGCAGCAGGGAACUAUGAACAGAUUUAUGUAGGAGCUGGUAUGUUAGAUGUUAUGCGCUAAGUAAUGCUGACACUGAAAGUGCGUUGUUGUAUGUGAUUUUUAUUCAUUUUGGUGUGAAAUUGGAGUAGCUGUAUUAACCGUAUGGAGCCUUCUUUUCCGUCCUAUUUUUUCCAUAAACUUUAUUUCAGGGAGCAAGUAGAAUCGAUUCUGGUCAACAUGAAAGAGAAGUCAGAUCUAGAGAGAGAUUUCUUCUGGUCAGACAUGCUUGUGUGUCGAAGAUGGACAUUGAUGAUACUAGUGGAUAGGAAAAAUGAUAGUCAGAAUGUAUCCAAACUUCACAUGAAGCAUGCAAGGAAGUUUGUAGCUAAUGUAUGUCCUGUGUACUCUGUGGUUUUUCAUUGUUCACGGUUAAUAUUUAUUCAAUGCUGGAUUGUUUUUGCUGCCUCUACUUCAACAACAGGUAAAGACCAGAAACAAAGAUUCAUCAUGUUGAGGCUGAACAGAAAUUUCUGGUCAUGUCGAGUUGAUUUCCAGUAUAGCAAAGAUCUUGAAACGGUGUAUUGCUCUCACCAAGAACCAGAAUUUACUCAGCCUGUUCAAGCUAUACCUUUUCAUAUGCUGACUAAGUACUGUGCUUUCAAGCAAAAAAAAGUAGAUUAUAAGAUGGAUGGAGAUUUUGAAUUCAUUCUCUUAUAAGGAUCUCAUCUUUACCGAUCUUUUAACGAGUUCUGAAGAUCUAUGCUUCAAAGCUAUUUCCUAGGCACCCAAAAGGAGGCACCUGUAUCGUUUCCGCAGCCACAGGCAUGGACAAACAGAUAAAGUUUCUUAUCUGCCUGCUUCCUGUUUCCCAUGUUCUCGGACAAACAUGUCGGGUAUAGUCACAAAACAGUAGCUUGUUUCACCUUCAAUGCCUUGAGCGUCUACGUGAUACAUGAACUUAACCGUGAUGUUGACUAAUCAGACAACAAUUUGGCACUCCAGAAGGAUUAUUUGUGUGUGUGUGUGUGUUUUCUUUGCAGUCCGGUGACUUUGAAGAAGAAGUCUCAACAAGUAUUUGCAAGCAUCUUGUUGACCAUGUAGACCAG